AUGAACAUUCGAAUAUCGGUCCGGCAGCAGCUGUCCUUGCUCUUGAUUCUGUCAGGAUGUAUCGGACUGGCUGUACUCGCCAUCGCGACAUGGAUAGCGAACCAUCAAUUCGUGCUCAAUAUCGCGGGCGAACGUCUCGAGACGACUGCGUCGCUGAAGGCCGCUCAGCUCGCGUACAACCUGGAGCUGAUGCAGACUGCUGCCACCUUUGUCACCACUCGCGCUGUUAUUCAGGGCUCACUGGCUCGUUAUAACAAUGGCUCUGCUAACGAAACAUCGAAUUGGGCUUUAGCUGAGGCCGAUUUGGAGGCCACACUCGGUGAUGUCGGGCCACUGAGCAACGCUUUGGUUCUCCAGGCUAUGGUAUUCUCGCGAAACACGUCCGGUCCGGCUGGGUCAUACAGUGUCUUCAACGGCACAGGCUACGGCUCUGAAUCUAUUGCACUUCCGUGGAAUAACGACAAUGGCACUCGAGCGCAUUUGGGCGACCCAGGGUUGGGAUACCCGCCAGCGCUUUACCCCAAUCUGACCGUAUCGCAACCAACGGAUCCUGAUGAAGUCGGCGCAAACUACGUCGCUACGUAUAACGGCUUUACUAUCCUUCCCACAUCCACACUUGUCCUCGGCCCUCUGCUUGUGAAUGAGACCUUUUCAUUGCUAUCUCUAACUUUGGCAGUGAUGAACACCACAAACGACAAUGAUGUUCUUGGGUGGAUCACAGUCACUACGGAUGCACGCUUAAUACAACAAGUCAUUCAGGAUCAGCGAGGAUUGGGAAAGACUGGACAGACUCUCCUACUUGGACCCGUCAACUCAACCAACUUGUUCGCACCUGGAGUCCUCGGCACAUCUCAAGCUCAAAACACCGAAGUGCGCUAUCUUCUUCCUCUCAAUGCCAGCGCUGCAAGUCGUCACUCGAAGCAUAUCGUUGGCACAGCCAAUCCUCCAUUCCUGGCCAGCAGUUAUCCCGCGGUUGCUGAUGCUAUGGAAGACGAUACAAGCAAUGACACUAUCGGCAGUGUACUUCGGACACACAACGAAGAGAACAAAGAGGUUUCUGUCGGCUUCUCUGCCCCGCCCUCGGAUUUGGUGGACUGGGUUGUUAUUGUGGAGCAGUCAAGAGACGAAGUGUGGGAGCCCAUCAACACGCUCAGGACCAUCAUCUUGGCCUGUCUGUUUGGAGUUGCUGGCUUCCUGUUCAUUGUGUCAUUUCCCUUGGCUCAUUGGUUCAUUCGACCCAUCAUCUGGCUCCGUGCCGCAACCGAGGAGACGAUUGAUCCGCCUCACCGAAGUGGCAGUAGCCACGGAAGUAGUCAAGCACUCAGCAAUGACUCAUCUGGCGCUUUCAAAGAACACUGCCCCUCUCGAAAGGACACCAUCUUCACGGCGGUCACUAGAUGGAGGACCCGAAGAGCCGCUUCGCAUGUCGAAAGCCGUGAAGGAGAUGAGAAGAAGUUUCGCAUACCUGGAAAAGUAAAGACGCGCAAGUCUUGGAUCAAAGAUGAGAUGUCGGAUCUGAUCAAGACUUUUAACGAGAUGUCUGAUGAGCUGUUUAUGCAGUACACGAAGCUCGAGGAUCGUGUGCGGCAACGGACGAUUGAGUUGGAGCAAAGCAAGAAGGCGGCAGAGGCGGCUAACGAGAGCAAGACACUUUUCGUGGCUAAUGUCAGCCACGAACUCAAGACACCGUUGAACGGAAUUCUGGGCAUGUGUGCGGUGUGCAUGGAAGAGGAUGACCCACACAAGCUUCGAAGGUCACUCGGCAUCAUAUACAAGAGUGGCGAUCUCUUGCUCCGGACACUUAACGAUCUCCUCACGUUCAGCACGAAUCAAGUCGGCCAUCAAGUGCUGAUGCUGGAGGAGAAAGAGUUCAUUCUUCGCGACCUCGAAACGCAGGUCAUCUCCAUCUUCGGAGAGCAAGCCAAGGACAGGAGGAUCCAUCUCUGCGUGGCCUUUGACGAAACGCACGGCGAUGUUUUCGGCGUAUCCGGAAAGUUGAGGGACGUCACUCUCUGGGGCGACAUUCACCGUUUAUUGCAGGUCAUCAUCAACCUUGUCUCCAACAGCCUCAAGUUCACACCGGAGAACGGAUCAGUAACGGUUACUAUUCGAUGCUUGACGGAAAGACCAGCAAGACGCCAAUCUGUACAGGAUCACGGUUCCCAACAGCAACGUAAACGCGAUUCCACCAUGCUUGGAUCUGUUAGCAGCGGAACCGCGAACUUCAUCAAUCCACGUGAGGCUUCACAGGCUCAGGAGAAGACGGUUGCACCGCCUGGUAAAGACUUGUUCAUCGAAUUCGAAGUGAAAGACACAGGACCUGGGAUAGCGCCAGAGGACCAGCAUCGCAUCUUUGAGCCAUUCGUCCAGGGUGACGUGGGCUUGAGCAGGAAGCAUUCUGGGACUGGAUUAGGAUUGAGCAUCUGCAGUCAGCUGGCUUCCCUCAUGCGAGGCAGUAUUGCCGUCAAGAGCAAGCUGGGAGAAGGCAGUAGCUUCACGAUGAAGGUCCCGCUCAGGCAUGUCCUGAUGCGCACCGACACGCCGAAAUCCUCACAAGACGCCAUCACGAACGCUUCUUCUACUGCGUCGCGCAGACAGUCGCUGGCCAUGGGAGAGAAGCCCGAAACAUCAUCCCUGAGCAGGCAGUCUACGGGUCGCAGUAGCAAUGGUGGGAUUGUUGCACCAGGUACGAUCCUGGUCGACACUUCUGCGAAGCCCAAGGCAGAGAGGAAAAAUCACGAUGUCGCACCAAGUCCAACUGCGGCGAAAUCGCCUGACACGCCCCUGAAGCAAGCCGUGAAGCAAGCCACCAAAGAAGCCAGGGAAGGCAAGAAGCAGACAGGCCAAGACUUCAGUAACGUGCGAGUCCUCGUUGCCGAAGACAACAAAGUCAACCAAGAGGUAAUUCUUCGCAUGUUGAAGCUCGAGAAGAUCAGCGACGUGACGAUUGCCGAGGACGGCCAGAAGGCAUUGGAUCUCGUCAAGUCGGAAUCUGCACCAGCAGAUCUGGAGAAUGUUCGACCUUCCGCACAGCCUUUCGACCUCAUCUUUAUGGACGUCCAAAUGCCGAACAUGGAUGGGCUGACUAGUACGAGGCUGAUCAGGCAAUCGGGGUUCAAGAGACCCAUUGUCGCUCUGACUGCUUUUGCCGAGCAGAGCAAUAUCGAGGAGUGUUAUGGCAGUGGCAUGGACUACUUUUUGGCGAAGCCGAUCAAGCGACCGCAGUUGAAGAAAGUUUUAACCGACUACUGCUCAUGUAGGCAGUGA